AUGUUCCGCGCUAAAAACACACAGGCUAGGAAGCCCUGGGAACUGCAGCCUCGUUCCUCGACCUCAAUUGCUGGCCGCCAAACCGGGCGUCUUUCUAUGCACCAAUACGCACAACGAUCCCGCCCCAUUAUCCACCCAGUCCCAUCCAACCAACGAAGCAGCAGCGAGCAGCUUUUUAGGCCUCCCACCAGCCUUAAUUACCUGUUUAACGCUGAUAAUCGUGAAGAUGAGUCCAACGAUAGUGACAACACUGAAGAAGAAGUCGAUGAUGAUGAUAGUGAUGAAGAGGAAGAGGAAGAAGAUUCCGAGGACGCUCAGGAAGAUGAUAUACCGGAACCUGUCUGGGCUUACCACGUCUACCGCACGGAAAUUGACCCAGCAGAUCCAAACCCAAGGCCAGUCUAUAUAUCCUCACACCUGAAUAGGCUGCGCGCAGAGGACAAAAUGCGAGACCAAAUAGCAUCCUGCUACAGCAACUUAAAGGAACGCAUGCGCAUGGAAUUCCGCGCAACAUUUGAAGAAGGCUUCACUGAACAAACAGUAGAGUUUGGAUCCGGCCGCACAGUAACAGUGCGAGUUGAACGAGAAAUCCACGAAGAACCAGUGAAACGCAAGAAAAGGGUCAAGCUCGAACGUAUACCUACAAAAAUAUACACCAUCAUCGAGCAAGUCCGGACCACACCUGUUGGUGAUAACACCAGCAAACUCCCAAUUCGAGUCGAAACAGAGGGCAUGAAAUAUACUGAGAUGUCAGAAUGUUUUAUACGCCGUAACGACGCCAACGCUCAGGCAAAUCGCCUCAUGCUGGCUCAUCUUACUUGUCACCUGGACGAAGCUAAACGGUUCGACUUGGGCGUAACUGGUGAUAUCGAUACGCAGGCUAGGUUAUACCUUCAUGAACUUGACGCGGGGGAGAGGCUUUAUGAUAAGAAACAUGUGUUGCCUGCGGUGGAAGAUGGGGUGAAAAAGGAGGUGUUCAUCCGUGUGGUAGAGCAUCUGGUGCGAGGGCCUAGGAACUAG